AGCAGGGUGUGCUGCUAUAUUAAAAAAGUUAUUCUGAGACGCCAUUUGCUUUGUUCGCAAAUACGUGACUUAUUCAUUGCCAUUUGGUUUUUUUUUGUUAUGAUAAUUAUUGUGGGCAUAAUUAUUAUUGAAAUAUUGUAUCUCAACCAAUGGAGCCUGUACGAGUCCUAUAUAUUGAUGACGACUGAAUCCGAUAACAUCACUGAGACGACCCCAAUCGGAGAGUUAACAAGCAAAAACAAGAGGCUAGAAGAUGAAAUAAAAAAAUUAAACCGACGGUUGCAAAUGGCUCAGCGACAAAAUGUCAUCUAUGAACAACAACAACGACGACAACAGAACAAACAACAACCACUUAACGAACGACGACAACUUGACGAGCAACGACAACUUGAAGCACAACGACAACUUGAAGAACAACGACAACUUGAUGAGCAAAGACAACUUGAAGAACAACGUAACGAACAGCUACAACGGGAUAAUCAUGAAGAACCAAAUCGUCUCAUUGUCGAUCCUAUUGACAUUGGAGGAGGCAUACAGGUGCCUGAACUUUCUUAUAGAGAGGCAUUUAAUUGCUACAACCCAUCAAAAUUCGUAAGAAUAAUGUCGUACGCUAUAUGGACGCACUUGGCUUUCAAAAUUGUUUUCCCAAAUUUUAGUUUUAAAAUAAGUUAAAAAUAUAAUUAGCGAUAACUAAACAACUAUACGCCCUUUUAGUUGAACUUGGUGACUAAAUCCAAUAGGGCGCAUAAAUAAAUAAUUCCUUUAUGAAUUGGUGACGUGAUAUUUAUAUCUUAACAAUUAUUUAAGUUCUUGUCGUUAUCAAUAAUAAAUAAUAAUUUAUUAGAACUUAUAUAAUCCGAAGGCUUAAUAAAUUUAAUAUAUUUAUUGUAUACUAUAUAUUUAAUACAAAAUAGCUUAAUAUUUUUUAAUUGUCAUGAGCGUUCAAUAAUAUAGUCUCAAA